CUUUGCUACAACUGUCGAUUGAUGAACUGUUUUGCCACGGUGACGAAGGUUUAGAAUGAUUUUUCGCGAAAUAGUUUUGAGUUUAGUCAGUUGGAGAAUCCGGUCCGGAUUAGUCGGUUCGAAGGCAUUGUGCCGUGAAGUUGCAGGCGAGUGAUCUGUUGUUGUUUGUCCGUGUUUGAAAUAAAUCUGUUUACCGAAAUCAAGCGGACUCGGAUAUACGAGCUGAAGCAUAGGACAUUAAUCGGUGUAACGUGUUGAGCAAUUAAGACGAAUGACGACCUGCCCUCCCCGGAGAUUGACAUUUUUCAAGCAAAUUGAAAAUCAACAUGUGAAAAGUUCCAGCGCUAUCCUCGACUAACGAAUGACAAAAAAUGAAUCAGAACGACUGAAAAGCUGAUCUGCUAAUUGGAUUAAUUGAGAGUGAAAGAGCCCGAGACACGUGUGAGUUGUGCCUAGUCUGCACCUGCGAGUGAUACAUCCAGUCCCUGAGUCCCAGUGGCGGAUGUUUGUACACCUCUCCAGGUAGCCGCCCGGAGUUGGAAUGCCUUGUUUCCGGCUGGGGAAAACCGGACGGUCAACGGUGAAGACGUUCUGCAGGAAGCUUCCGGCAGCUCCGGUGCUCUAAGGCACUCUCUGCUGCCAGAUUCCGGGCCAAGCCUAGCCCGUGUGUUGUGAACGGGAUGAGAUUGAUGAGAAAAGCAAACAGGAAUAAUGAAGUGCAAUUUUUGUUACCUGAUGAUAGUGCAUCCGGGGCUGCUGGUGUUGCUGGAAUUGGUCAGCCGACCGGUGGCAGCGCACAGCAGUGAUCCGCAUUUGUUUGAGAAUAGAGACGGUUACAUAAUUGGCAAUUACCUGCACGCCUCGGAGCAGGACAUCCGGGAUUUCUUCUGGACGGGCUCCGGCGACGGACCGGCAGUUAAUCCCUUCGACCGGUUUCCAAUCAGUGAAGAUGCAAUCAUUAAAACGGCAACCGUUGUGGCCACGGUGUACAUCGACCGGAACAACGGUGGCGACGGGGUAGGAGAUGACCUUUGCAUCUUUGAUUGUCCUCCGGACGGCAGUGACGGUGUGGAUCAGACUAUCGACAACGUUACACCGACGGAUCGGCGCUUCUGGCUGAUGACGGUCGUUGGUGGUCUGUUCGGCAAGAAGGAUUAUCCCGAGCUGGAGGGAAAACUGGCCAGACUGUACCGGGUGGCAUUCAGCAGACAACAAGCAUUACAUCUCGGAAUCAACAACAACACACUUCACAUGCAACCGUCAUACAAGAUGCUGGGUCAGCGGCGAGCCAAAAGACAAGUUUCGUCAAACGAAGGUGCAGCAAGAAGCAAGAUGUCCGAAAGCAGCAGGAUGGGGACGGUCGCAUCAAGUGGCACUCGUAAGCACUUUGCAGGAGCGAAUGUUGUAGUGAAUGAACAGGUCUACACGUACGAACAUAUUCUUCGGAAACGAAGAAAAAAAGUACACAAAAGAGACACGGAAGAGGGAUCCAUCAUCGGGGACGAUGAGGACAGCCAACGGGUGAUGGUAGUGUCCGAGAGGGGACUAGCAGAAUCGGACCAGAACGAGCCAAUGCAGCAGAUGCAACGCGCUCCCGACAGCCGAACGACCGGGCCCGAUGUAGGCGUUGAUGGUGGAACGACACCACUUACGCGUAAUUAUGAUAAGGACAGCAGCUACUCAAACAAGCGAAGAGUACGGAUUCUGAUACACAACACCACCCACUUGCGGGAGGGUGACAAUGACGAGGACUCGAUGGCGGCCGAUUCACCGAGAUCAAAUAAACUCCUGAAUCAGACGGAAAUCAUCUACUCGGUGUUCGUCGGAGGCCAACCGGUGCUGGCGACCACUGCUGCUGAAGAUAUGAAAUUGAUGUCCCAGGAGGAAAUGGAACGAGUAAUGGAAACUAUGGUUUACUUGAAAGCGGAUCGUACGUAUCUGACAUCCACUCCUAGCCAAUCUUACCUCAAGGAACCGCAAGCGACACCACUGAUUCCGUCCACAUACAAUGGAAACUCGAAUGUGAUUGCUUUAAUCGGUCAGAAUCCAGUGCUUUUCGUGGUAUCCUGCAUGGCGGCGGCUUUGUUCCUUCUAUUGCUGAUUGUAAUCUUUUUGGUAGCACGCGGUAAAAGGAAACAUAUCACGGAAUUGAAGAAACUGGAAUCCACACAGGCUCUGGUGAUGCCUGGGAGUACGGGCGAUGAGCUCAACACAGUGAAAUCGGAAAGUGGAAGCAGCCAACAUUCUCCCUUCACCAGAGAUCCUUCGGCCUUGAGUGUAAUCGGGUCGGUUCCAGCGUAUAAACCAUCACCGACCAUACACUUCCCUCUGCCUCCAAUGUCGAGGCCAACCUCGUCGUCGAGUUAUUCUUCCGAUUCGUCCGUCUACUAUCCGAAACGAAAACUAAAACAUCACACUCAAGAGCUGCUAGACGAACGAGCAGUCACCUUAACGAACAAACUGCAGAAACAAUUCGGUACCCUGGUAGCGACCGAGAACGUGUACGCCUCGGUACAGAAACCAAAGAAAGACCAGCCACACAAGCGGCGUAGGAAGUAUUUGGGUGAAAACCGUGUCGGUUCUAUCGAUGGAGCUGCCGCACAUGCACUGGGAAGUCCCGCAACUACAAGCACCGGUAAUAGUGCUAGUGGAUCCAGCGAACAGUCGUACGAUACCCGACCGGUGAAGUUAACGCCACCAUUCGAACACAACGAAACAUUCAACACCGAUGUAAUUAUGAGGCACUAUUUGAAAAAGAAAACCGGACACUACAAUGCCGGAUUUACGUUGGACGAGCAUGGUUCUGCCGAUGCAGCCAGACGGGGUAAGAUCAAAUGUUUGGAGCAAUGUGGUCGUACCUCCGUCGACACUGGCAGUAUUGGAUCAUAUCUCAGUAUGGCGUCGGUGAAAAGUUUUCCAAGGUGUUUCGUUCCCGAACCACUGAGUCGAGUGCUGGAACCGGUUACGAUGACACAUCUCGACCAAUCGGAAGCUGGAGAUGGUGGUAAGUCUACUGCCCCAGGCACUGCUUCUACUAGCCAGUACAAUACGGACACCGAACUUCAGCUAUCGCGGAGUCAAAGUGAUGGAGCUGAUCCGGGAGUUAUUGGACCAGUUGUUUGGCAGAUGCAUAAGCGGGAGAUGGAAGAAAUAACUAGCCCUCUUCGUGAUCCCGUUAUUACCCGAAAUCGGUUUGAAGGGUUGUUAGAAGGAGCGAUUCAGCUAUAUUCUGAACCACCUGACAAAGACGAAGCUAAUAAGAACUCGAUCACACUACCCGGUGUGAUACGAUCGACCGGGGAACACCGUGGAAAAUCGGCGGCCGUUGUAAGAUCAACCCGCAGGGAAACGACGUCCCGCGUAAGCUCAGCCACAGUUCGGCCCGUCACGGCAGCAGGGCAGGCCCAUUGUAAACGGGAAGGAUCUCGGCCACCUUCCCCGGAACGUGGUGCCUGGAGCAGCGGAACGCACUCUCCUCUAGUGAGACCGAUGAGUGCUGGACCCUUUCACACGCCACUGGAACGGCAGCUUGACAUAACUCGUGUCGUAGCUCCGAGGACCGUUCUACAAUCUACCGAACUUUCGACUGCCCCACUACUGCAGAAUCUUAUGCAGGAACUGAAACGUUUCCGAAAUUAAUAAAGCGUUUUUUGAGUAGACGAACGCAUCACAAUUGUAUGAAACACUGCCAGUUUUGUGGUAGCUUACAUAUUUCUAUCAAUAUAUCCCAAAUGGCGUAGGUUUUGUGUAGUAGGUUACGUCAUUCGUGCUAAAGAGUAGACCAGGCAUUUAGCUCUAAAAUUAUUAUUUGUAUAUUGACCUUCAUAUAUACUAUGAGAAAGAAAGCUAUGCAUGUAUGAAUACCCUAGACUUGUUUUUUUU